GACAGAGUGGAGCUGCCAUACCAGCCUAUGACGCAGCUGGUCAAGAGGCUCUUCACUGUGGACCUGUAAAAGUUGCAGAGGAGCUGAUGUGGCAGGUUGACUCUCCUCAGCCUCCUAAGGAAAUCAAGGCGUUGUUUGGCCUUUUUGACGAGGUGUGACGUGUUGAGCGACCAGGUGAAUUUAAAGCACUUCAGUCUUUUCACCAUGGGCCCUUUGAUGCUCAGAGGUGUGUGCAUGUUUUGUGAUGUUUGGGUCUUUAGUUUUUUUUGGGGUAAAGUCAAACAACCCACCCACCCCCCUUGACUACCCACUGAGUGUCAUGGGCAAUGCAUUCUCCUCCUUCAGAAACCAAUAAUGCAAUGCAUUUACAUCAGAUAUGAAUAUGGCUCAUAGCAUUUGAGUCACUCUAUUCAGUUUGCUAUAUGAGUGAUUUAUUUUAACAUCAUGUUUGACCAAUGUACUUAAAUAGCAAAAAGCACAUAAAAAAAUAAGAUAUAUGUGAAGAUAAUAAUAUUGAACAAUAAUCCAGAUCCUCUCAGUGUUUCAAACUUUGUUUCAUUAAAUUAGUUGAAUUACAUAAUCCUAUUAGCAUUAGUAUUUUACAUGUUUAAGCCUCUUGAUCAUAUUAUAAAACCACCUGACAUAUGGUCUGUCAUACUCUUUGAAAGCACCGACUCCUAAUUGUACACCAUCUAUAAUCUGGAUUUAGACAGAGGUCACUGGAUUAGAUAAUGUUCAUCUUCCAUUGGUUCCCUGUUGAUCCUUUUGGGCUCUUCUCCACAGAAGCAGAGGUUCAUUUUUAUGUCAUCUUCAAGAGUAAAGAGAGAAAUCUGGUCCUGCAAACAUGGAAAUCAUCCCUGCUUCACUGCUGGAACUGAACAGUACACAUAUAGAACGAAGCACAGACGAAGCAUCAGAAGCCGUUUCUCCUGUUCCUACUCUCCUGCCUCCAUCGGGAUACGCCAUUCUGUCAUUCUGGAUGUUCCUCAUCACUGUGUUCUCAGUUUUUAAUAACUCACUGGUCAUCCUGGUCAUGUUUCGGAACCGCCACCUCUUCUUCCCCAUGAACAUGCUCAUCCUAAGCCUGGCCAUCUCUGACCUGCUCAUGACCCUCUGCGGAUCAGCCAUCGCCACAGUUACCAACUACUAUGGUCAGUUCUUCAUGGGCAGAGAACUCUGCGUCUUCCAGGGAUUCGCUGUCAAUUACUUUGGCCUUGUCUCCCUCUGCACACUAACCUUGCUAGCCUAUGAGCGCUAUAAUGUGGUGUGCAAGCCCAUGGGUACUUUCAAGGUCACCACCCGACGCAGCACUAAGGGUCUUCUGUUGGUGUGGCUCCACUGUCUGUUCUGGGCUGCAGCGCCCCUGCUGGGCUGGAGCUCCUACGGGCCCGAGGGAGUCCAAACCUCCUGCUCUCUAGCCUGGGAGGAGCGCACCAUAGUCAGUUACAGCUACCUGAUCCCUUACUGGUUCUUCUGCUUCUUGUUGCCCACUGGGAUUAUCGUCUACUGCUACUGCCACAUACUGACCUCCAUGAAGAAGCUGAACCUGAGUGUGGAGAGUCAGGGAGGCAGAUCCCGGCAGCUUGAGGACAGACGGGCCACAUGCAUGGUGGCAGCCAUGAUUGGUUCCUUCUUCUUCUGUUGGCUGCCCUACGCUAUUGUCUCCAUACUUGUGAUCCUCCUACCAGACCUCCACAUAUCCCCACUGCUUGCUUCUAUGCCUGCCUACUUGGCUAAGACCAGCCCUGUCUACAACCCCAUCAUCUUCUUCCUGGCCAACAGGCAGUUCCGAGACAGUGCCCUGCAGAUUGUACUGUGUGGCUGUUACACCCCGACAUCCACCAUGCCAGACAACAGUGAAAUGUCAACAGUGGAGGAAGGCCCCAAACGUCUGUCACCCAACAGCGUACAGCCUGAACAGCACACAGCCUGA